CGUUUCACACUUCCUGUAUCAUCAUUACUCAAGCAGAGAAAAGCUGGAGCAGAAUGUCUGUGAAAUGGAUGCUGGUGUUUCCUUUGCUUCUAGUAUUCUUUGUGGGCUCAACUUCUACUGGGAAUGUUCUUGUUUGGCCUGUUGACUUCAGCCAUUGGCUCAAUAUGAAAGCUAUCCUGGAUGAACUGAUAGCCAGGGGCCACCAAGUGACGGUGUUAGUGCCUUCAUCCUUCCUGAUAAUGAACUUCAGUGAGCCUUCCCGAUUUCAAGUGGAAGUGAUCUCUGUUCCAAUCGAAAAAGAGGAUAUGGAAACAAUACUUCAGGAUUUCGUACGUAUAUGGGCUUAUGAGAGGCAUGAGCUUUCUUUUUGGAGAUUUUUCAUGAAGAUUUUUGACCUUAUGAAAGAACUGCUGCACAGAAACAGAAUUAUAUGUGACACGGUUCUGUUGAACGAGAAACUAUUGAAGAAGUUGGAAUCAGCUCAUUUUAAUAUUCUCAUUUCAGACCCAGUCUUAGCUUGUGGGGAGCUGGUGGCUGAGAAGCUCCACCUUCCGUUUAUAUAUUCCUUCCGAUUAUCCAGUGGGAACACCCUGGAGCGUCUUUGUGGUGGUAUCCCAUCUCCUCCGUCCUAUGUGCCUGCCAGUCUGGGAGGGCUAACGGACCGGAUGACCUUCCUGCAGAGGAUGGGGAACAUGCUCUUUUACCUCUCACAAGACAUUGUGUUCCAGCAUGUUCUUUUUAAACAAUGGGAUACUUUCUAUAGUGAAGUUCUAGGGAGGCCCACAACCUUGUGUGAAACCAUGGGUAAAGCAGAGAUGUGGCUAAUCCGAACCUACUGGGACUUUGAAUUUCCACGGCCUCUUCUGCCAAAUUUUGAAUUUGUAGGAGGGUUGCACUGCCAGCCAGCAAAACCUUUGCCUGAGGAGAUAGAGAAAUUUGUCCAAAGUUCAGGAGAACAUGGUAUUGUGGUGUUUUCUCUAGGCUCAGUUAUUAAAACCUUAACAGAUGAAAAGAGCCAAAAAAAUGCUCUGGCACUUAGCCAGCAAGAAAAAAAGGUUAUUUGGCGGUAUAAAGGGAAAAGGCCAGAAAAACUGGGAGCCAAUACUAGGGUUUAUGACUGGAUUCCACAAAAUGAUCUUCUUGGGCAUCCCAAGACGAAAGCCUUUAUAACACAUGGUGGAACAAAUGGGGUUUAUGAGGCAAUUCACCAUGGAAUUCCCAUGGUUGGGAUCCCCAUGUUUGCUGACCAGCCUGAUAACAUUGGCCACAUGAAGGCAAAGGGAAUGGCUGUUGAGCUGAAUAUCCACACAAUGACGGCGAAAGAUUUGGUAGAUGCUGUGAAUACUGUCAUUCACAAUGCCACAUACAAGGAAAAUGCAGUUCGAAUAUCGCAGAUUCAUCACGACCAACCCAUAAAGCCACUGGACCGGGCUGUCUUUUGGAUUUAGAUUGUCAUGCGCCACAAAAGUGCCAAGCACUUGAGGGUCGCUGCACAUGACCUGACGUGGUAUCAGUAUCACAGCCUGGACGUCAUCGCCUUCUUGAUAGUCUGUAUAGCACUUUUUGUGUUCAUUGUUGUAAAAUGCUGCACAUUUUGCUGUCGAAAAUGUGGCAGCAUCCGAAAGAAAACCAAAAAAGAAUAGUUUUAACCUUUUUAAAAAGAAAUAAAAUUAUUAGCCAUCA